AUGCUCCGGAAAUCCAACUCCCAUAAUUGCUUUGGAACGCCGCAUGCUCUGAAUAACUUCCUCGGGAAUGAAGAGAACAAAGUACUUCAACACCAUGCCGGAGCUCAAGUGGUGAAGCGCGGGAGCUACUAUAACCUCGUUUGCAGCAAAUGGGGAAAGAGUGUCCGCGACAAGGGCCUCGAGGUGGGCCAGGAGAUUCGCCUCCGUUGGUUCAACUCCUGCCUCUACUUUUCCGUCUCCCAGCACCGCCUGGCCGGCCCUCCUCCUCCUCCUCCCCCUCCCCCACUUCCUAUACCGGCGCCACCUGUCCCCGUCCUUAUCUCGUCUCACGUGGACCCCACCCACCCGUUCCUCCACUUGCCCUGUAAAUUGGUCGAGGAUCACAUCCUCGUGCAGUGGGCCCCACUGGAGAGGGAGAGGCUACGGAAGGAGGAGCACGUGUGCAUAAAUGCAUGGGACUACGACACAGGGGACACGCACGAGAUGGAGCUGAGGUGGCACGGGAACUACUACUACCUCAUUGGGAAGUGGUGGAACAUCGUCCGACACAGGGGACUCGUAGUCGGGCAGGAGAUUCGGCUGCGGUGGAUGAACGGCUGCCUCUACCUCUCGGCAGCAGAUGUGGGCUGCAACGAUUUUGGCGGGGACAGCUGA